CUCUAUCCGCUGCUUGCGCCUCCUCGUCAGCAGCGCCGGCCUGGACGGGCAGCCCACUGCUGGCAACCCGCCUGCUGCCUGCAGCCUGAGCUCGUUCCAUCGCUGCGUCUCCCCGCACGCGCCCCGCUGGGUCGACGCGUGCCGUGCCCCCUCGCCGCCGCAGCUGCCGUCACCCCCAGAGCGGCACGACGACGACGACGAUGCUCAAGGGCGCGUUGCAGGUCUUCAGCGCCGCGUCCCGCAGCUGCGGCUGCAGCGGCAGCCCCGGCAGCCUCCUCCUCUCGGGGGCGAUCGCACCGCGGCGGGAGUCGCGCCGCUUCUUCCGAGAAAAGAAACGCGUUUACAACGAUGUGUCGAUAACACACGGGGAAGGCGGCAUGUUUGAGGUGAACCUGGACCGCCGCAAGCUGCGCACACCGCAGGGGAAGCUGUUCGCCGUGCCCAGCGAGGGUUUGGCUGUCGCCGUGGCCACCGAGUGGGACAUGCAGAAGACCGUCAUCCAGAUGCACAGCAUGCACCUGACGACGCUGUGCAACACGGCCCUGGACAACCCGACCCACCGAGCGCCGGAGCAGUUGGCCUCCGCCGCACUCAAAUACCUCGACACCGACACCAUCUGCUACCGCAUGGAGGAACCGCCCGCGUUGGUGAGCCUGCAGCAGGGAGAGUGGGACCCGGUGCUCUCGUGGGCCGAGGAGCGGUACGGCGUCACCAUUGGAUCCUCCACCAGCAUCAUGGGGCCAGAAAUCCCGCAGGAGACGCGCAACACGCUGAACCAGCACCUGCUGUCGUACAACGCCUGGGCCCUCAUCGGCCUGGAGUACGUAGUGAUGCAGCUGAAGUCUUUGGUCCUGACCCUGGCGCUAGUUGAUCGACACUUGAAUGUGGAGGAAGCCGUGCUGCUCUCUCGCCUGGAGGAGGAGUUCCAGAUCGCGCGCUGGGGCAACGUCGAGUGGGCCCACGACUUGGACAUCCUGCAGGUGCGGGCUCGCACGGCCGCCGGCGCCCUCUUCGUGUGCCUGAGCUGCGAGAACGCCGUCUUCAAGCACAAGCUGCUGGCCAACGAGUCGUGACUGGGGGGCCCAAAGAAGCUUCCCCCCCGUGGCGUGCAAAGCAUCGGUGUGUCGACCAUAGGCUUGCAAUGAUGCAUCGAUUCACAGAUUACAAUAAGAGUCUUUACUAUAACUAUUUAAAUUUUACCAGGUAAGGCUCACUGAGCUAUUAGCUCUUUCAGAAGCGACCUGGCCAUAAAUGAUAGCUCAACGAAGUGGUUUAUCGUGCGGAAAUUUAUUGCAGCCAAAGACAUUAAACGCACGUUGAUUCUAAAUGUGGAGGGAAAAACCGGAGGACCUGGCUAAAAAUCCACGUGACCACAGGGACAAUUUGCAAACUCCAAUGUACAGCGGGCGUCGGGGUCGGGAUCGAACCCAAGACCUGCAUUCCAGGCGAGGUCGUUAACAUCUCGCCACUACGACACCUUUUUGCUCCUGGUACACAUACUGCGAAGUGUGAAUUUUAAAAUAGCUUUUUAAAAGAAAUAAACUCGGAUUUCUGCAGCACAGGUCGCAACAGGCCUCAAAGUGCUUUACAUAAAGCUUGAGGUAUGGAGAAAGCCUGCUGUACAAACAAGGGAGUUUUGAGACAAUUAAAAAAGUGUAACAGACUCAGAUUCUCCCAUGAACCGAGGAGGAAAGGAAUUCCACAAUCGUGGAGCCUGCCUGCAAAAAUCUCCAUCUCCCAUAGAACAACAACGUGGUAUUUAUGGAAUCAUAAUGAGUAGGAGAGCAGAAACAGAUCUACGUUUUCGCAGUGAAUUGUAAAACUUUAUCAGAUUGGUGGUGAGAUAUUUAGAAGCAAACUCAUUAAAGGCCUUUAAGAGUCACACGUCGCAUGUAAUUGAUUCGCGUGACGUCUGCAACCGCCAGUAGCGCCACAUUCACCGUAUUGGUAAACGCAGAUUCUUGAAUUGAACCGUACCCGCUGUACUGACAGUCGAAUAAUGAGGGGGCAGAAUCGUUGCAGGCCUAUUAACACGCUUCAUGAUGUUUACCUCUUCACGUAGAAUACCUUGCUGAUGUCAUCAAGGAGCAUAAACCAUCACACAAACUCCGGUCAUCGUUGCAGCAGUGGCUUUUGGCUCAGCCAUCGGACAAAGACGGUUACCGCGUUACAUGCUUUCAAACGCGCUUCUGCAGCCAUCUGGAACCCUCUUCCUUCCAAUAUUAGGAAGCCACUGGAGCUAUGCACUUUGAAAUCAUCGACAUUGAAAACUAAUUUCUUUAGAACCGAUUUUGGUGUUUUGUUAUCCUUCCCCUGCACCUCCGAUUAGCACAGUUAGCGACGUAAGGUGCAAAAGAAGUUCAACACAGAUACAUGCUGCACCUCCAGUGAGCACGGUUGGCUAUGUACGAUGCGAAUGAAGUUCAACACACAUACUGCACCUCCAGUGAGCACGGUUGGCUACGUACGGUGCAAAAGAAGUUCAUAUAUACAUGUAAUAAGGCUUUGACAGAAAAUAAAUGGGAGGCUGAAUUA